UUGGAGGCGGGGCUUCUAGAGGAGGAUGUUGCUGCGCUCAUGGCUCCCAGACCGCGUAUCCCAGUGCAAUACUAAAUAACUUCAAUGAAAGGAAAAGCAUUGCCUCUGUUUAUAGCAGAGACGUGCAUUUAAAAAAAUAUAUAUAUAUUUAAAUUUUUAGUUUAACACCGUAGCUUUUUAAAUCUCCCUUAUAUGCGAGUGAGCUAUGGAUGUGCAGGUUGCAAACCACUGCAGCGUCAAGUCUGCAGCGAAACCGCAGAGUGCAGCUGAAUGCGGGCUAGAAAACGCACCAAAGAAGAAAUCCCGGACGAGAAGAGGCAGAAGAGGGAAGAGACGGAGGGGCAAGAAGGCCAACGAGCCUCCGCCGUUUCUCCCACCGGAGGCUGAAGAGGGGAACAUUGAAUAUAAGUUGAAGCUGGUAAACCCCACGCAGUAUCGCUUUGAGCACUUGGCCACGCAGUUGAAAUGGCGACUGCAGGAGGGCCGGGGGGAGGCGGUGUAUCAGAUCGGGGUGGAGGAUAAUGGUCUGCUGGUUGGACUUACAGAAGAAGAUAUGAAAGCAUCACUUAAGACUCUUCGCAGAAUGGCCGAAAAGGUUGGAGCUGAUAUCACACUUCUGAGAGAGAGGGAGGUGGACUGCGACAGAGCUCGACGGAAAAUCGCAGAAGUUCUCGUGAGGAAAGUUCCAGAUGACCAGCAGUUCCUGGAUCUUCGUGUGGCGGUUCUGGGUAACGUGGACUCAGGGAAGUCUACUCUGCUGGGAGUGUUGACUCAAGGCGAGCUGGAUAAUGGACGUGGCAGGGCGAGACUCAACCUCUUUAGACACUUGCACGAGAUCCAGACCGGACGCACGUCCAGCAUCAGUUUUGAGAUCCUUGGCUUCAACAGCAAAGGAGAGGUUGUAAACUACAGUGACUCCCGUACAGCGGAGGAGAUCUGUGAGAGCUCUUCUAAGAUGAUCACGUUUAUUGAUCUGGCUGGUCAUUAUAAGUACUUGAAGACCACCAUAUUUGGCUUGACAAGCUACUGUCCAGAUUUUGCCAUGCUGGUGGUGGGAGCCAAUACUGGCAUUGCUGGCACAACUAGGGAGCACCUGGGUUUGGCGAUGGCGCUGAAGGUGCCCAUAUUCAUUGUGGUGAGUAAAGUGGACCUCUGUGGGAAAAGCACAGUGGAGAAAACGGUCCGUCAGCUGGAGCGAGUGCUCAAACAGCCCGGCUGCAACAAGGUCCCCAUGGUGGUGGCCAACCCUGAUGAUGCCGUCACUGCGGCACAGCAGUUCGCACAAUCCUCCAGUGUGACGCCCAUCUUCACCCUCUCCAGUGUAUCUGGUGAGAAUCUGGACCUUUUGAAGGUCUUUUUCAACAUUCUUCCUCCUCUGAGCAACAGCAAAGAGCAAGAGGAGCUCAUGCAGCAGCUCACGGAGUUCCAGGUGGAUGAGAUUUACAGUGUUCCUGACGUAGGGACAGUGGUUGGUGGAACACUGUACAGCGGUGUGUGUCGUGAAGGAGACCGGCUGGUUGUUGGUCCCACGGAUGAUGGGAGGUUCCUGAGGUUGAAGGUGUGCAGCAUUCACAGGAAUCGCUCCGGCUGCCGCGUGCUGAGAGCCGGACAGGCCGCCACGCUUGCGCUUGGGAACUUUGAUCGCUCUUUACUACGAAAGGGCAUGGUUAUGGUGAGUCCUAAAAUGAACCCUACAAUUUGCUGGCAGUUUGAGGCUGCCAUUGUCCUCCUGUUCCACGCCAAGACUUUCCGCCGUGGUUUCCAGGUCACGGUGCAUGUGGGGAACGUGAGGCAGACCGCCACGGUGGAGUGCCUCCUUGGGAAGGAGGAGCUGCGGACAGGCGAGAGAGCCGUAGUGUGUUUCAGAUUCUUGAAGCACCCCGAGUACUUGCGCGUGGGAGCCAAACUGCUCUUCAGAGAGGGGGUGACCAAAGGCAUAGGACACGUGACGCACCUCCUUCCUUCCACCCAGAACCACGUGCCUGAUCAGAACCGCAACCAGAACCACAGUUAGACAUGGCGGGAGUGAGACCAUGCGUCAAAUGAGGACACUUUCUGUACUUGCCUUGAGUUCGCAUCCCCUAGUUUUAUCACACACCUUUCCUUUCCAAGCAGAUUUGCCUGUGUGUAAAUGCUCUUCAUUCCUGUGACAUUUGGAGGGUUGUGGGACAGCGAUUUAACGAUUAGGGUUUACGUCUGCUGGGUGUAAUGGUGCUUGGAAACCUCUCGUAUUUUUGCACACGUGCGUUUCACAUCUUAGCUUAAAGCUGGCUGACCUUGAGGAAAGCAUGUGGGAUCUCCAGUCGCUAAGUUGGGUAUGUGGAGCAGAUUUCUGCAGGAAAAACUCCUGCCUGCAGACUGCAUUAUAGAUAAGAAAACAAUCGUAGUAGAUCGUAGAAAAUUUGUUUUUUUCAGCAGUAGUAUUACUUUUUCAGAUCCUCAGUAGUAUUAAACAUGUACAGUAAAUCUGGUGCACACACCUCGGAUCUUUUCUUUUUACAAAGAUUCACACAGAAAGGCUAAAAGCAAGGGUGCGUUCACACUGGCAGUUUAGUUCGAA